CUCUUCUCUUCCGUAUCUCAUCCUCCCUUCUCUCUUGUUCAUACUACAGUAUACCUGCAUAAAAGGCCCUCCAGAUACUACACAACAAAAGAUAUAAACUUAUAAAUAGCACACAAAGUUAUUACAUUUUAUUUUAUUUGAAGCAUUGUUGAGAGAUAAACAAGAAUUCACUUCCACACUUGUAUUAUCUUCGUGUAAACUACCAGAAGAAUACUUUUCGAAAAUAGUCCCUGGAACUUAACUAAGUAAUAAAGAACAACAAGAAGAAAUAUUCACUUCAGACUUAUUGCACCGUCGCAUUUAUUUUAAUUCUGACAAAGUUUAUCAAGUAUGCCGUCUGAAAUCUGUCCAAAAUGCCAAAAAGCUGUUUAUGCUGCUGAAAGAAAGAUAGCUGGUGGAAAAGCAUGGCAUAGUAUGUGCUUGAAAUGCGGUUUAUGCAAUAAGAUGUUAGACAGUACCACUGUUGCUGAACAUGAAGGAGAAGUUUUCUGCAAAACUUGUCAUGGUCGUAAAUUUGGUCCGAAAGGCUAUGGAUUCGGUGGAGGUUCCGGGGCGCUGAAUAUGGAUAGUGGAAGUCAUGUUGGCAAUAAAGACACAGAAAUGAGUAACAAACCAACAGCUCCAGGAAUGGGUGGUAAAAUCAUACCGCCAGAGGACGGAGGUUGUCCACGUUGUGGUAAGCGAGUCUAUGAUGCAGAAAAAGCUAUUGGAUGUCCAAGUGGGGUAAGUCGUCGGUCGAAUUACACUGAAAAUAACAUGUGUAAAUUUUGAUCUUUUGAAAAUGAUUCUAGACAACACUUUGAAACGAGUAUUCAAUUUACC